UAAUAAGGUCUAUUUAUUUAACGGUGUUUCAAUUAUAAUUAUGUGCAAUAUUCACACAACUUGUUUGAUUAAUGUGCUGUUAAUGAUUAUUUUAAUUCAUUCAUCUGAUCAAGCCCUAAAGAAAGACGCCUUAAUUGACUACAAAUCAGGCAAAGCUCUACCGCUGCAGACGUUAACCGAUUACGCGCUUCAAAAUCAAAAGACUAAAAAAUGGCUCAUUUGGGGCCAAAAAGGGGCCAUCGCUGCCGACAAACCCGACCCUAAAGAUAAUCAAUACUGGCAUAAUUUCACCUUUCUCACACAACCCACCGGCAACUAUUAUCGUAUGUUUCACGGAUCGGGCGGUAUACACGUCACCCAUGUAUCCGUGGCGCCAAAUGCCCCUGGUUAUUAUUGGUUUUACAACAAGGACUGUCCUAUGGAUCAUGGUAGCGACAAUCCGAACUGCGACUGGAACGCCGAUGGUUAUAUUUGGUGUCAGCCCCCCGCCCAGGGGGCCGAUGCCAGACCGGUGCCUAUCAUAGACCGCAACACUGGGGAUGAGUUACAGCUGAAGACCAACACAUACUAUGCUAUACAGAACCAGAGGACCAGCAAAUUCCUCAUAUGGUUCGGCAAAACGGGAACCAUUUCUGAAGACCUCGAUGUAAAAAAGGCCAAAUUCUGGCACAUAUUUCACAAACUGGACAACGGAUGGUAUAAAAUGAUGCAUCACUUCAAUAGCCAUACCGUACGGAUCGGCAAAUCCCAUGACGAAGGCUUUUAUCAUAUCUACAACAAGGACUGCUUCAACGCCGAGCACCCGAACGCUGACGCGGACAUUAACGGGACAAUCAUGUGUUUCAUACCGUCUGUCAAAACCGAUUACCUCGAGUUUAAUUGGCGUUUUCUCGAGAAACAGACAAAUAAAAAGUCGAUUCCGGUUAACGACAAGUCAGUGGACUCGACAUCCAGUCGACACCCAAACCCUCUAUUCAAAGCGCUGAUACCCCUGUUUGCAUUGGUCAUCAUUGGUAUUGCUAUAUAUGUGAUAAAGCUCCGUGGUAAUUCAUUCCAGGGCUCGCCCACUACUGUUCUCUACAAUCAUAGCAACCCGGCCUAUGCACCCGAUAUGCCGGUAACCCAUGACCCGCCACCGUAUAUACCGCAGCAGAGUUAUAACAAUACAAGAUUGUACUGAUUAAUUAAAU